UUUCCCUCUUCAUUUCUGUCCCCUUCUAUUUGGCGAUGAAGAGAUGGCGAGCGUGUGUCUACGACGGUACAGCUUCUUUCCGGGAAUUGCGCCGGAUGGAACCAUAGGAACUGUCAGUGCCUCACGUGUUACCACAUUUAUCGUCGUCUCGUUGGUGUAUUGCUAGAGCAUCAGGCAAUGCUAUGCAAGGUUUAUGCGAUUUCCUUUUUUUUUUUCUUUUCCUUCCCUCCCUCUCCCAUUGCAGUCCAAGGCCUCUCUGCUUUGCAACGGAUAUGAGCUUCGUAGGAGCCAAUAACAAGCAGCUUGGGAUGUAGACUAUCUAGACAUGUGCCAUAAUUCGAUCUGCCGUUGCGGAUAGUGUCUUGAGAGGAGAAGUGACUUGAGAGCCAUCGCUUUAUAAACGCUCAGGAUGAAGAUGUCGAUUGUUCCUCGAGGGUCUAUCCAAACUUCUGCAACUGACCGCAACUUGACGCACAACUUAGAAGAAAAGGGAAAUGACAACUCACAUCCACCCGCUCGCAUCUGAAAGCCUCGCCGGCUUGCAACCUUGGGUGCAUCCUGAGGGGCAUAGGCUUGAUGCAUACGCUCUGUCUCAGCAGCAGCAGCAGCAGGCCAGCAUUUCCAAGCCACCCCCGGGGUUUCCUGCCGUUGUCGACGGACCAAUGACCUGGUCCGGGUCAGGCUCUCAGGGCGUGCAGCUUCGUAUCCUCGAACUCGAUGAAUCCUCCGUAGCCGAGAUCGAGGAUGCCCUACAGUCGUUCCAUAGCCUCGAAUUAGACGGCGACGAGGCGUCUCGGGGUUACUUCCCACUCCCAAAUCUCCGGGAACAGCUCGAAAAAUGCGCCCUCGAGGUCCACCGCGGCAGCGGGAUCUGCAUCAUCCGCGGGUUAAACCCCGAGAAUUAUACCAUCGAGGAUAACAUCGUACUCUUCCUCGCGCUUGCCAGUUACAUUGGUGAUCAAAGGGGCCUCCAGGGUCCCAAAGGCAACAUGUUGUCCCAUAUCACCGAGCUUAAGUCCUGGACAGUGCCUCGGGACAAACGCCACGGGAUUCACACCAACGACAGCUUGCCCUUCCAUAACGACAUGGGUUGCGAGAUCCUGUCUAUUCAAGUUCGAGACCGAGCCAACGCAGGCGGGCAUACGUGUGUGGCGUCGGCAGCCGCCAUCUAUAACCACCUCUUACGAUCGAACCCCAGGGUACUGCAUGCUCUAGUUGAGAACAAUUGGCCGAUUCAAGCCAGCUCGAAGAAAGGGUCCCCAUUUGUUCUAUGCCCCCUUCUCGAGUUCCACGACGAUCAUCUCUUCAUCUCUAUGGACCCCGCUCGCAUCGGCCCUCACCCAUCGGACAGCACUAACUCGAUCCCAUCGCUCACGUCGAUACAGCAGGAGGCCCUCGCGGCGCUCCAGACAGCGGCCCGGAAGCACCAGGUGCGCCUAGAAACGCGGCCGGGGGACCUCCUUUUCCUCAAUAACCUAGGCCUCCUACACGCCCGCGAGUCGUACCAGGACGGCCCCUCGUCGUCGAGACACCUAGUGCGGCUCUGGCUCCGGAACACACAGCUGGGGUGGCCGAUCCCGCGUUCCAUGGCGAUGCCGUGGGACGCCGCUUUCGGGGAGCCGGCCGCGAGGGUGGUCAAUAAGUAUUACCCCGUCAUGCCGAUGCCCGAGUACAUGGGAUCCAAGUUCUCGAACGGGACGGCGGCGUUUGUCGCCGACGACGAGUCGGACGACGACAGCGGCGGUGGAAGUCCACACAAGGCUGCUUAAAAUUCCCUAUAUACCGACAGCCUACGUUGCCACGCCCACCCGCCCAUCAGAGACGUAGUUUUUGUUCUUACUCUGGACUGGACUCUUUAGAGCACAGGCGGGCUUGAUGCUAAGGGAAAACUCGUAUCCCAUUUGCCGUACAGUUAUGACCAGUCUAUUACUCCUAGUUUCCACAUUCGGGGUUUCUUCUCUCUUUUUUUUUCUCUUCCUGGCUCUUUAGUUUACGCUGUCUAUCUAGCUUUUCCUACUUCACAUUCUGUGGCUAGUCUCGGUGUAUUGGUUUCGAGCUGAGAUUUGGGAUUUAUGGCCGGGUGAAUGAUGGUUCUCUCUCUUUCUCUCUCUCUCUCCUCGCGGAAUUCAAGCAUUGGCUCUUCACAAGUCACCCAACCUUUG